AUGGCUUCUUUUCUCCAUUCAAGAUUUCUUGAAUUGCUUCUCCUACUAUCCUUCACUCCAUUCUUAUCUGCAAAUAUCCAACACACCUUCCCUCAAUGCCUUUCUACCAUCCAAAUCCCCAAUUCUUUCUUCACUCCUACCUCCCCUAACUUCACCCUAAUUCUAAAUUCCACCGCCCAAAAUCUCCGUUGCAUCACCCCUUCCACUCCCAAACCGCUCGCCAUUUUCACUCCAUUCAAUCAAACCCACAUCCAAACCGCCGUUAUUUGCGCCAAAAAGCUCGGCAUUCAUCUUCGGUUCAGAAGCGGAGGCCAUGAUUACGAGGGCAUCUCUUAUACAUCCGCCAUCAACCUUCCAUUCAUCGUCAUCGACUUAUCCAAACUACGUGCCAUUAACGUCCAUCUUGACGACAAUUCCGUUUGGGUCGAGGCCGGUGCCACCGUAGGCGAACUAUAUUACCGAGUUGCCGAGAAAAGCAAAACGCAUGGGAUUGCGGCCGGGCUUUGCACAAGUCUCGGCGUCGGCGGGCAUAUCACGGGCGGUGCCUAUGGAUCCAUGAUGAGGAAAUACGGAUUGGGAGUCGAUAACGCACUAGAUGCCAAAAUCAUCAACGCCAAUGGAGAGAUCCUCGACCGGAAAUCCAUGGGCGAGGAUGUCUUUUGGGCCAUCAGUGGUGGUGGUGGAGGUAGUUACGGAGUUAUAGUUUCCUGGAAAUUGAAACUCGUACCUGUACCCGCCACCGUCACGGUUUUCAAUGUUCCAAGAACGUUGGAACAAGGUGCCACUAAAAUCCUUCUCAAAUGGCAACAAGUGGCACCCAAAUUUGAUGAUGAUCUUUUCAUCAGAGUCUUUAUCCAACCCUCAAAUCUAAAUGGUACAACUAAAAGAACAAUAAGUACAACUUACAACGCACUUUUUCUUGGAGGAGUUGACAGGCUUAUGGAGAUGAUGACACAAAGUUUUCCAGAAUUGGGUCUGCAGAAAACCGAUUGUUUCGAAAUGGGUUGGCUGGAAUCCGUCAUGUUCAUCGCCGGGUUCCCGGAAACCGUUCCUACCACCUUCCUCCUCACCGGAAAACCAGCUUUCUUGAACCACUUCAAAGCAAAAUCAGAUUUUGUGAAAACCCCAAUUCCAGAAACAGGAUUAAAAGGGAUGUGGAAAAGACUUUUAAAAGAAGAAAUGCCAUUAAUGAUAUGGAAUCCAUAUGGAGGAAUGAUGGGGAGAAUUCAAGAAUCAUCAACUCCAUUUCCACAUAGAAAUGGAGUUCUUUUCAAGGUUCAGUAUGUAAACAGUUGGAUGGUGGCGGAAAAGAAAGCGGUGAAGAAGCAUUAUAAAUGGAUCAGAAAGCUGUAUAGAUACAUGGGUCAGUAUGUAUCCAAGAAUCCGAGAGAAGCUUAUGUGAAUUACAGAGAUCUUGAUCUUGGAAUGAAUGAUAAAAAUGGCGAAAAUACGAGUUUUGUGAAGGCAAGUUCAUGGGGAAGAAGGUAUUUCAAAGAUAACUUCAUCAAGUUGGUGAAGAUCAAGAGUGAGUUUGAUCCAGAUAACUUCUUUAGGCAUGAACAGAGCAUUCCAAUCCUUCCAUGGAAAUGAUGAGUUUUGAAUUCUGUAUCUUAUUUGUGUUUUUGCAAUGAAAAACUAAGGAUUUCU